AUGCGAUAUCAUACCAUCAAUCUCGCCGUUAUUGGCACGGCGCUGCUAGGACUCGGCCAAGCUCUUGUUGUUCCUGGACCAGAGACUUCGUCGAACAACCUCAUGACGCGCGAGCAGGACAUGCUUAUCAUCAACAUCGAACCCGAAUGGACCAACCCACAGUGCGGUGAAAGCAAAGCAGUGGAACUCAGCUGGAAGGACAAAAAUCACGCGGCAAGAGGCGAAUCGGGCGAAUGUCUCAAGUUCAAGGAGUUCUUGAGUGAACGGCAGGCCCAGCGCAAACAAUGGGACGUCAAGGUGGAAGUCAAAAUGGAUCUUGUUGCCACGGACUGUAGGGGCGGGUAUAGUGAUCCCUGGACUAAUGGCAAGACGAAGCACACUCGGGUAGCUUUUACACCUGAUGAGGGUCAGCAGGCCAGUGUGAGUUACGGCGGUCUUCAGAAGGUUUGGGGCCAGCUCGUCGUUGAUUCACCUAUAGCUGGCAGAAUCGCAAGCCCCCGUGUCGCCAUGGGCGUCCUUACCGACCAUAAGAAACUGACCCGGAAGUACCAGUAUAUCUACUGCGACCAUUGA